UUCGGUUCGUGCUGCGAUCGCACGCGCGGUGGUCAACAGUCACGUUUUGGGCACCCGAGAGGAUCGCGAAGAUCUGCAGUGCUAUCAAAAGCUUUCCGGAUGCGAACCGCGAAGCUUCUCCAUUCGCCGCCGCUACGGUUCCUUGCUGUCCGCGCUUGUUGAACAAAUCUCGGUGUAUUGUCGCAGACCGAACAAAGCAGAAGAAGACGAUCUCAAGCCCAAUGAAAUCGAAAGUGAAUCUGCCCGUGCCCGCGUCGCUGCGUGCUGCCUGAAAGUGAAACAUUUGUGUUUUGGGACCAUAGAGGACUGUGACUGGGGGUUUCAGUGAAGAACUUGUUUAGUGAUUCGGGUUAGGAAUUCUGGUUUUCUGCAUGAAGAACAACAGUGAGCGGGAAGGAGUUGGUGGAUUGGUCUGAAAUUAGUUCGGAUAGGGAACAAAGCAGAAGUGCGCGCAGAAGUGGAUUAGCAUUGUGACUACGGUGAAGUGUCUUUCGUGCUGGAGGAGGAACAAGAUCAGCACCAGAAGGUCCUAGCACCUUCAACAGGUCUGAACACCAUUUCCGAUUUUUCGCUGUUUUCGAUGUUGUGUCGCUUGAUUGCUCUCUUUAGUUCGUUCGUAGAAGUAGUAGUGCUUAAGUGUGAAACUGUUCCCGUAUUUUCAGUUCAGCCUUUCAAGUUUCCAAGUAGCUUUCUUCAGUUCAUCCCUGCUUUUUGAUUUUGUUUGAAAUAAACACACACACACACAAUACUCAGAGAAAAAGGAUUAAACAACUGAAAACGGAAAUUCGAAAACAUGAAGUUGCUGUGCUGUUGUUACCGGAAGAUCCGUCCACAAACUGCUCGGUCGCAAAAGGUGAAGAAACAACCCCUUCUUCUAUAAAGGGCAGUGCCGAGGGGGUGAGCGUAAGUGCGUCUGUGUGUGUAUGUGUGUGCAUUGUAUCGAAUCCCAAUUGAUCAACUUUUAAGGACAUGCGAACCCGCCUGGCUUCGUUGAUCGUUGUGAAGCAGGAACCACUGUCGGACGCGGGAGACGAUUACUACGGGGGUGAUGGUAGUGUUCUAGCGGCAGCUGCUGCAGCACCAGAAUUGGCAAGAACUGUAGUGCAUGAACAACUGAGCAAUAACAAUAACAACAGCAACGGUUUCAAUCACGUUGGACUUCAUUACGGCGGGGAUGAUCGCCGGGUGCGCAGUGAUGAAUUUGGUGCUUUCUUUGGACGCGUGCCGACGGCCAGCUACGGUCAGGGAGAUCUGAACAACAACCAGCACAUCGGGCAGGAUUUUCAGUUGUUUGACGAGAAAAAGUGUGCUCCACAACUUCUAUCGCAAGUUGUAACUUCACCGAGGGCUGUUCCUUCGUCGACGGUGCCGACUACGCCGCCACCCGCGACGACACCAACUACGACUGUGACAACUGGGACUGCGGCGACACCAGCGGAUAAGAGCCUGCAACUUAGUGGUCCUCGGUCCACGCUCGGUUCGACAGCGCUAUCACAUUCGAGUUCCAGCGGUUGCUUGCGGAAGGUCGCUGGCAACACUGCCAGUAGCAACAGCAGUGGAAGCAACACCAGCAUGUUAUUGUUGCAACAUCAGGCCAGCUCUUUUAGUUCCGUUUCUUCGUUUGAUUAUUUGCUAUCGCAGCAACAAAACCAUCCCGAACAACCGUACCAUCAGUUGGGUGCAUUCGGCCCAUCGCAUCAGCAGCCACAACAGCAGCAACAACACCAGGAACAUCACCCGCUAACCGCCGGGAUUCUGCCCACCGCGAGCCAUCAUCAACUGGACAAGUUCGUAGAGCUCUUCGGUGGCUCCCAAUCACAGCAAUCAACAGCAGAGGAACCCAUUUCAUCCGAAUCCUACCUGGACCAGACGCAACAUUCCAACAGUUCCAGCGAUACUCUUGUAGGGCUCGAAGAAAACCCCUCCAGCUUCGGUGGUUCCAACGAUAGUAUCCCAACGGCCAUUCUCAAGGCCACCUACAAGGAGGAGAACCUAACCGAACUGCAAGACCCAUUCAGUGCGGGUCCAUCGCGUGCACAAACCACCGAACCGGAGCAGGAUCUGCUCCUCGAGACUUCCUCGACCGAAGAACUUGGUCUGUUGACACUCCGUUCCAGUAGCGACCCAGUUCUCGCGAGCAGUGCACGUCAACAACCUCAACCACCUCAUCCCCAGUUGAUUCACCAACAACCGCAGCGACCCGGUCCGAGACAGAUCUCCUCCACCGAAGUCUCCAGUGGUAGUAGUGCCAGUUCGCUGCUACCGAGCUUCCAGGAAACCUAUCCCAUCAAGUACAAUCAGCUAGCCAAUUUCGGUUUAAAAAUGGACGAAGACUGCUUCAAGAUAGCCGCUUCCCCUCACCACCAAAGCGUAGCGUAUGGACACCAUAGCUACGGCCAUCAUGCCACCGUCCACCAGAGCCACUACGAAUUCCCUCAGCACACUACAGCUCCGGCUACCCAAUAUAGCAAUCCAGCGCCCGGCGGUGGCUUUUACCCUACCCCGGCUUACGAACAACAUGCGGCGGUAAGUCAGUCCAGAAACACGUCCCUAACCAACGCUUCAUCAAAUAUCUCCUUCUCACAGAACUACGGUGCCGUAACGCCGCAAGAUUCCUACUCCCUUCCGCCAUUCCCAACCAUUGCCGAACUGCAUGUGUCCACCACCUGUUACCGUCGGGCUUCACUACCGCUACAACGCUCGGAAUCUACCUCCAGCAGCGAAAGUCCCAAGCCUCCACGGAUUGGCAUCUACAAGUAUUCCGCUCUUCCAAGCGCCUCCAGUUCAGCGUCUAGCUCACCGGGCUACAUCAACAACAACAAUCCCAAUACGGUGAACAACAAUGAGGUGGCCGCUGCUGCUGCUGCCGCGGCAGCUGCCGCAGCGGUCGCUGGAAGUGCCACCCCGGUUCCUCGUGGACCUACUCCCCAAAGCCCCUCGCAACUGUGUGCCGUAUGUGGAGAUACCGCCGCUUGCCAGCACUACGGUGUUCGAACGUGUGAAGGCUGCAAAGGAUUCUUCAAACGGACAGUACAAAAAGGGUCCAAGUACGUCUGCCUAGCGGACAAAGCUUGCCCCGUGGACAAACGGCGACGGAACCGAUGUCAGUUCUGCCGAUUCCAAAAAUGUCUCACCGUCGGUAUGGUCAAGGAAGUGGUUCGUACCGAUUCGCUAAAAGGUCGACGAGGGCGGUUACCAUCCAAGCCGAAAUCGCCGCAAGAAUCGCCACCAUCGCCACCGGUAUCGAUGAUUACCGCUCUGGUACGCGCCCACGUCGACACAACUCCCGAUCUCGCCAGCCUCGACUACAGCCAGUACCGAGAGCCUGGACAAAACGAGCCCAUCAUUUCCGAAGCAGAAAAGGUUCAGCAAUUCUACAACCUACUGACGACGUCCGUCGAUGUGAUCAAGCAGUUCGCCGACAAGCUGCCCGGUUUCAGUGAUCUCAGCUCCGACGAUCAGGAGCUUCUGUUCCAGUCGGCUUCGCUGGAGCUGUUCGUCCUGCGGUUGUCCUACCGGGCACGGAUCGAUGACACCAAAAUGACCUUCUGUAACGGGGUCGUCCUGCACAAGCAUCAGUGCCAGCGCUCGUUCGGCGACUGGUUGAACGCUAUCCUCGAGUUCAGCAAGAGCUUGCACGCCAUGGAGAUCGACAUCUCUGCGUUUGCGUGCCUGUGUGCGCUGACCCUGGUGACAGAACGCUACGGCCUUCGGGAACCGAAGAAGGUCGAACUGCUGCAGAUGAAGAUCAUCAGCAGCCUGCGGGAUCAUGUAACCUACAACUCGGAAGCCCAGCGGAAACCGCACUACUUCAACCGGCUGCUAGGGAAACUGCCGGAGCUGCGAUCGCUCAGCGUCCAGGGGCUGCAGCGGAUAUUCUACCUGAAGCUGGAGGAUCUCGUACCGGCGCCGCCGCUGAUCGAGAACAUGUUUCUCGCCAGUUUGCCGUUCUAAGCGGAGGUGGAUGAUUAUGAUAAAUGACAUAGGGAAAGCAUACAUUCAAGAAG